CAACCAUUACGUAGCAAGAAUUAGAUACAAAUACAUAUAUAUCGCUUGACACUGACAGAUACGAAAAAUGUUCAGCACUAACAAUUAUAUUUUUAUAUAAUAUAUUCUUCAGUAUUUAUAUAUUGAUAACGUGCCGUAUCCAACCGAACCCUGGUUUGAGAGUACCACCAGACCACGUAACGAAAAGAAUUGAUGUGUGCUGGAAGCGGUAUCGGAAGAGAAGUAUGUCGAGUUUUUGCCCGAGAAGGUGCCAACGUUGUCGCAACCGAUCAAAAUGUUAAAACUGCUGCGGAGACUGUAGCCACUUUGGAAGGUGCUGGACAUGUUGCAUUGAACGUUGAGGUCACUGAUCAAAAGAGUAUCGAGACAGCAUUUGAUCAUGUCUUAAAGAAAUUUUCAAGACCACCUACCGUCAUUGUUAAUUCAGCGGGCAUUGCGCGGGAUAACUUUUUAGUGAAACUCAGCAACAGUAACUUUGACGAUGUAAUCAAUGUCAAUUUAAAAGGUACUUUUCUAGUUAUGCAAACUGCUGUUAAAGCAAUGAUAGCGGCAAAUGCAACCAAAAACUCUUCGAUUAUCAACAUCAGUUCAAUUAUUGGUAAACUUGGGAAUAUUGGGCAAAGCAACUACAGUGCGUCAAAAGCUGGAGUGAUAGCUAUGACAAAGAGCGCUUCCAUGGAGUUGGGACAAUUUGGGAUUCGGGUGAACGUAGUACUGCCUGGUUUUAUAGAUACUCCUAUCAUUAUAACUGUACCUGAUAAAGUUAAAGAAUUAUUGAUGAAAAAAAUACCGUUGCAAAGAAUUGGAAAGCCACAAGAAGUGGCAGAAGUUAUCGCAUUUUUAGCUUCUGAUAAGAGUUCGUAUGUAAAUGGAGCAUCUAUUGAAGUUACUGGGGGACUACAUUAAGUUUUAUGAAUUUUAUUCACUAUGAACUCGAUUAAUAAUAUAAUAUAACUCAGGAACAAUCAGAAAUCAAUAUAAAAUGUUAGCAAAUGUGACGAAACGAGAUGUUGUCACAAAAGUGACUUAAAACGUGCGAGAGUGUUAUUUUAUAUCUGACUGGCACAUUUAUGCUUUUACUUUUAUAGUCAAAGGGAAUGUUAGGCACAUAGCAGAAUAUAAAUAUUACAUGGGUAGGAUAAAACACAGUGAUAUAAUAAUGCUCGUGCAUAUUAAGCAUAUUGAUAUACGGGAUGUUCCGUCAUGAAACCAACAAAUAUUACCAGCAUGUUUGGAUGAUCAUUGUAAGCAAAUAGAUGUUCCAUGACGGAACAUCUUGUGUAUAUAUAUAUUUUUUUAAAGAAAUAUAUAAUAUACAUGCAAUAUAUCAAAGAAAAGUCUGUUAGACAAAAGAGAAAACCGAUUAAGACGGUCGAUGUCUUCCUUUCAUAGGUGCACUGACUUGCAUCAUCUUUAAAACUUAUUCUUGAAAUUGUUCUAUUGAGAAAAUAUGUAACAUUCCAUCGGUCGCAAUAUCUGUGAGAUAAAGUUUCUAACUUUGA